AUGGGAUCUGAAAACAAUUCAGAAGCUACGAAGUUGCGAGCCAAGGUGCUGGCAGAUGAAGUUGGUUCAUGGCAUCUUGAUGUUAGCAUUGAUGGACUUGUAUCUUCUUUUUUGUCAUUGCUUAAAACACUUACAGGAAAGCGACCACACUACAAGGUAGAUGGUGGAUCUGAAGUUGAGAAUUCAAGCUUACAAAACAUUCAAGCUCAAAUCAGAAUGGUGCUAGCUUACAUGUUAGCGUUACUCUUGCCUUGGGUUCACAACAAACCUGGGUUUUAUCUUGUCUUGGGAAGCACCAAUGUCGAUGAAGGGUUAACUGGGUGCUUGACCAGGGUAUCUCCAUAA